GCGGCAUCUGGGAGGGAGGAGAAAAGGAACAAGCCGAGAGAAAACGGAGGGGAGGAGAAAAAAGACAGGAGCGCAGCGAGGAGGACGUGAACACACAGGAGAGGAGGACGCUGCUGCUUCACUGAAGGCCUCGUGAUUGGACGAAAAGAGAACCACUGACUACCAGUAUGGAUGCGCUACAUCCUGGAGUUUCCCACAAUCCUUAGUUCUCACAUCUGCAGCUGAGUCUACUGAACCCUGAGCCGUGACCAGCGGCAGUCUUUGACUGACCUCCUGUCAGGUGAUCUGUCUUGUGCCAUGAUGAUGUCAGUAGAUGUGACCAAUCGUAACGGCCCCGCUGCCACGCCUCCCACCUCACUCAGCCUCCGCUCUUCACACAACCAGCUGUUGAGCAGUGAUGUCGUCAAACAGGGCUCCGCCACGCCUCCCAAGUGUCGCAAAAAGUAUGCACUUACCAGUAUCCAGGCUGCCAUGGGUCUCGGAGAGGCAGCCCCGUCUUCAUCAUCCCCAUCAUCCCCAUCACAGUCUUUAACCCCCAACAAUCCCAAAUUAGCCAAGAACGGAGUGAACCAGCUCCGCAAGGCCGGUCAGGAUCACAACAAAAACACAACCGGCUCUGACUUGACGGACCUGGAGUCAGAGAGUACAGCAGAUGACCUCAAUGUCAACACAGCUGAGGAGGAUGACAGUCACACUCUCACCAAUAAUGAUCGAGAGGAUGAUGUCAUCGAGCAAGACGUUGAACUGCACUCAGACACAGACACUGACGCACAGCCCGAGCAGAAAACUGAAUCAGACAUAGACUGUAACAUUAACACGACUACGGAGCUCAAACUGAACGGCAACUCGACAGAUUCAGGCUUUGACUUGAACAAUGAGGCUGAGGAGAGCGAUGACAUCAGCAUUCUGUCUGAGAAAGAAAUGAUGUCAAAGAUGAAGACUGAGGAAGAUGGGGACGAGGUGGCAGAGGAGGAGCAGGAAGACGAGGAGAAGAAACCUUUACUGAUGAUAAAAAGUGAGUCUCCUGUGAAGAACCACAAAGUUUCUUCAGGUCUGGAGCUCAUCUCUGACCUCCACUCCAACCUCAAGCUCCUCAAAUCAGGCAAGGACUCUCCGGUGCCUCCUCCUCCCUCCCCACCUAAGCAAGUCAGCCCAGAGGACACCCCCCUGCUCUCUGUGGCCUCCUGCUCCUCCUCUUCCUCCUCCUCUCCAGAGACGAAGAAGGACAGAAGGACUGGGGCAAAGACAGACUGUGCUUUGAACCGCAUCCAGAAUCUGAACCCCAGUGAUGAAGAGUUGAGUUGGACCACAUUGUCCCAGGAGAGCAACUCCCCAGAGGAGACAGAUAUCUGGAGUGAACAAUCAUUCCAGACAGACCCUGACCUGCCUCCAGGAUGGAAGAAGAUCACAGACAUGGCCGGUAUCUACUACUGGCACAUUCCUACAGGCACCACCCAGUGGGAGAGGCCUGCCACCCGCCCAGCACCCCCUGGACAGACAGAGUCCCAGGCCCUGGGCGACCACACAGCCUCCACACCACGUAAACACUCCCUGGGCUCACUCAGCCCCUCACCCACUCCUGACCACGAGUCGUGCCAGGCAGAGGUCUUCUUCAGGGCAUCAACUCGUUCAGGCAGCACCACCUCUGACAGCUCAGUGGAGCCUCUCCCCACUCACGAGCCCACCCUCACCACAUGUGGAUUUGUCAACAGCUGCUACUUUCCUCGGUCCACAUCUCUACAGGGGGUGCCCGAUCCAGAGGGUCGCUCACAGCAUCUCGAAGAUGAGGAAAAGAAACAGGUGUGGAGUGAUUUUGGCGGAAAGAUUGAUAGUGAAGUGUGGAAGGACCUGCAGGCAGCCACAGUGAACCCUGACCCCAGUCUGAAGGAGUUUGAGGGUGCUACGCUUCGCUACGCAUCACUCAAGCUAAGGAACCGUCCAGCAGUGGAAGAAGAGGAGUCCAGUAGUGUCAACAGUGACCCAGAAACAAAAUGUUUUGCAGUGCGCUCUCUGGGAUGGGUGGAAAUGGCUGAGGAAGACUUGGCUCCUGGAAAGAGCAGCGUCGCUGUUAACAACUGCAUCCGACAGCUGUCCUACUGCAAGAAUGACAUCAGAGACACCGUCGGCAUCUGGGGAGAGGGGAAGGACAUGUACUUGGUGCUGGAAAAUAAUAUGUUGAACCUGGUCGACCCCAUGGACCGCAGUGUGCUUCACUCUCAGCCAAUCGCAAGUAUCCGGGUCUGGGGCGUUGGCCGGGAUAAUGGCAGGGACUUUGCAUAUGUGGCACGAGAUAAAAACACCAGGAUCCUGAAAUGUCAUGUGUUCCGCUGUGACACGCCAGCCAAAGCCAUUGCCACCAGCCUGCAUGAGAUCUGCUCCCGGAUCAUGACAGAGCGAAAGAAUGCCAAAGCGAUGGCAGGAGGCUCUCUCCAGGACAGGAUGCAGGCAGGACUAGAUCUCCCUUUACAAGCAGAGUUCCCCACACCAAAGACGGAACUGGUUCAGAAGUUUCAGGUGCUCUACCUUGGGAUGCUGCCUGUGGCCAGACCUAUUGGCAUGGACAUACUGAACGGGGCUAUAGACAGUCUGAUCGGUUCUUCCAACAGAGAGGACUGGACUCCAGUAGCCCUCAACGUGGCAGAUGCUACUGUCACUAUCAGCAAAGACAAGGAUGAAGAGGAAGUGUUGGUGGAGUGUCGUGUUCGAUUCCUGUCUUUCAUGGGCGUUGGGCGGGACGUGCACACGUUUGCCUUCGUCAUGGAUGCCGGUGGCCAUCGUUUUGACUGUCACGUCUUCUGGUGUGAGCCCAACGCAGGGAAUGUGUCGGAGGCUGUACAGGCAGCUUGUAUGCUGCGGUAUCAGAAGUGUCUGGUGGCUCGACCCCCCUCCCUGAAGGCCUGCGGCUCGUCGCCCCCUGGUGACUCGGUGUCCCGUCGGGUGUCGACCAGCGUGAAGCGAGGCGUCCUGUCUCUCAUCGACACCCUCAAACAAAAGAGACCCGUCACCGAGUUGCCGCAGUAACCACGGUUAAGUGCUACCAACUCCCCGCCACAACCUCCCAGUCACCAUGGUAACAAGUCGCAUCGCUGCCAAAACCCAUCGCCACCACAGACCCCAGUAACCAUGGCAACACAGCAAAGCCCCAGGGCUUGGGGGAAACCCUGUCACAAUUCCUUCUGGACUAAAAAUUGGAAUUUCACCUCAAGAGUUUAUCGGCUCUUGGGCAGAAAUUCAAAUCUUUUCCCUCAAAAUAUCCGACAUGAAUAAAGACUUGAAUCCCACAUCAAGAAGGAACAACCACAGAGAAACACCUGAGUGAUGAGCGCCCAGGUGAUCGUGUACAUAGAAGUAACUCUCAUCCCCCUCGGCACAGAGAAGGAGUGAGGAGAAGAGAGCAAAAACUGAAGAAGUAGGAAGUGCUCCUUCCAGCACGGCAUAUGUGAUGAGCGAGCUCAUUGCUGCCCAAACUGCUGAUCUCUCCAUGCUCUAAUUGUAUUUGUGUCUGUGCCUGUGCUGCCAGCAUGACCUUGCACUCCUGGCCACAACCCCCCUGUCAUUCACCUGUUAGUCUGUAGUGGCUUGUCCCCCUCUGUCCCUCUCUCUCACUGUCCUCUGUAGACUGUAACGUACAGUGAAAUGGAAGAGAUGAAUCUUGAAAGCCAUCGUGUCUGAUUUUCAAAUCAGAAUGUAAUGAAUGAAAGAAGGAAGCUGCUACAGAUUAAAGAGAUUUGGCCGUCAGUCUACAAACUCUAACCUGUUCAACUGAUCCUGCAUGAACCUUUUAUAUAAAAGUGAACCAUUCUUGACAAUAUCAAUACACUGCUGCUGCUUACAGAAGGGGUGAGAAAUCCGAAGCCACAUUGUGUUUCCUGUCUUCUUAUUUGUUUGUCGACUUUGCAAGAAUCAGCCUGGAGGGUCUGAACGAGCGGUGACCUUUCACCCGAAACAUCCCUCAUAUUCUUCCUGUUUACUUGUUUUUAUUCUUCCGUUAUCCCUUGGAAAACGACAGACGAUAGCCAUAAUGGAGAAAGAGCUGCAGGGAUAGACAGAACGUUACCCCUCCCUCCUCUGCUCCCCUGCUCUCUGGUAAACAGCACCAGACUGCUGUUCCAAACACAGGAGACAUCAGCACGCUGCUGCUGCUCUUUGAUACACAUGCUGGAGGAAAUUUGACAGAUUCUCCUUUAAAUCCCACCUCAGUAUCUGUCUUCAGAGACUUUAUGUCCACUAAUAGAAGGGGCUUGGCAACAUGAGAAAGGCUGGAGGAAUCAUACAAAGAAGAUGACUGGAGGAAUUUGGUGACAGCUGAGAUCUGACCUGUGAGGAGGGGAGAAGGAGACAGACAGGUUUCAUCUCUAGCCCCCCGACAGAGAGACAUGUUGACUCAAACUAACAGGACUUUCCUGGGCUGCUAUCUAUAUCUAAUCUGUCUCCAGGGUUCUGUUCACUUGAAUGCGCCUUUCUCUGUUUUCUCAUUGCCUACUUCUUUACUGUAAAACUGUUUUCAUCAGUGCCACGAGAUCACUUGUUUUUGGUCUGUUUUCUGCAAUGUUUCUCACACAAAUCUCACUUCAACGCUGCUAGCUCCUUAUUAUCACAUAUCUGACAAGCUUGGAUGUAUGGAAACCGCUUAAGCUCUGUAAUUGACCGAUUGCUUAAACCCAUGCCAGAUAGCAACUGUCUAAUCACAGUUUGGCCAGCCUGUCAAGCUUCUGGGUUGCUCUGCAUGUUUAAGAGGCUGUUGGAAGACAACUACUUGGUAUGUCAACAGUUUGGAGGGUUGUGCCUUUUAUAUAUCACCUUUUCAAAAACCAAUAACAUGAGUAAACUGUGUUUUUCUGCUCUAAUCUAAGCUGCAGUUAUUAGCAUGUCAGGCUAACUAGCUUACUAUAGAUAGCUAACUAUAUUUUAGGGGUUUACAGGUUAUGUUAAAAAAACAACAACUUCUACACUGCAAUACAGAAACACAGUUUCUUUAUUUUCAUGCCUUCUAAGUGGAUCAUCAGCUGCUGAGGAGGCUAAUGUAUGACCAAGCAACAACCUCCAGGGCUAAAAAUGAAGCUAACAUGGAAGUGCCAAAAGCUGCAGUUCCUCUAAUGUCCACCUGAGGCUGGCUCUAAAAGCAAGUCAGUCCCCAUAGACCCUUUUGUUAAAAUUCUCAACAUGUACAAUGUUAACUUGCCUGGCACAAUAACAGUUUUGUUGUCCAUAGCUAAUUUCCCCAUUAAUGACAACUGUACAAGGAGUGAAUUUUUACAUAACUCACCUGUUUAAAUGUGUUUAAGGCUUAAAGUUAUUCAUAAUUAAGGGCGUAGCCUGUUUAAGUGACAGGCUGUCUGUGAGGUGUCACCUUUGGUUCUCAGUUAGAUCCACCCAAAGCUCCUCCAUCUCAUCCAAUUACAGUUACUUCUGGCUCCAAAGAACCAAGAUGGCAACGGCCAAAAUGCCAACUUGAGGCAUUAUAACGGGAGUCCACAAACCAGUGGGUGACAUUACAGUGGCCACGUCCAUAAUUUUAUUCUAUGGCUGCAACAUGUUCAGUUGUUAGGAUCCCCAUUAGUUGUGCCCUAAAGCACAGCUCGUCUUCCUGGGUUCCAUUAUGUAGUUGAAGCCUCGGUAUUUUAGCAAGAUAUUAUGUAUGCAGCCAUUGAGUGUUUAUCAAGACUUCUACAAGAAUUUGUUUUAAAAAUGAGUCUGACAUUUUAAAGAGUUUUCAACCAACUAACAGAGCUAUUAGCUUUAUUAGCUAGCUAGCAAGCUGAUAAAAUGUGCUUGUCCUUUCAGCCGCCGAAAUUGACGGCCACUGGUUAAAACGAAAAGCUGCUUUUUUCUGCUCAUUUGUAUUCAAGUGGUAAAUCUGCCACCUUAGUAAACUGCAUAUAUGUGUGAAGGUACAGGCAUAGCAACAGUAUGUAAAGGGGGCUUACUGUAGUGAAUGGUCACAUUGUAACAUCUGUGGCUGCAUCUUAUUGUCUCUGUGUCUUGCACCGAGCUUUUGAACUGCACAGUUACCACACACAGACAGGUUAAAGGAACCAGGAGCGUUAUUGAGAUUUUGAUGAGAAACUUAAGCCACAUCACCUUCUUUUAUCACACGGAUGUUGAAAUGUGAAUGAGAUGACAAAAUGUGCGUGUACAUAAUAGCCAUUUUAAAUGUAACAUUUGGCAUUAAUCAUUGUUAUAAGCUAUCUUUUCAUUUUGAAUGUCUGUAGUUUUCUAUUAUUUCCUUGUAAUGAAAUGCCUUUUUUUGAGAACUCACCAAAUGGCCAAAGUGUAAAAUACUGAUAUACAUUGUUGUAGAUAAGAAAAAUACGAGAGCAAAUAAUGAAACCCGGAGAGGUGAUUGGAAAUUUUCACAGUUGUCAAUUACGUUGAUACUGAAUUUAACUGAGCAAUUAUCUAUGCAUUCUUUUGAUCUCGAGAAAUGGAAAGUCGUGAAAAGCCUUGCAUGCCCUUGGACGGUGAAAAGAACGACUGUAUGUACUGAACAGAAAUAUUUUUUAUUUUAUUUAUUCUAUUUUAUAAAGGUAUAUACUGAUUUUAUUAGUUGGGGCAAGUAAAGUCUCUUGACUCUGUGUCACUGUCUCAGUCCCUGGUUAACUCACAAUGCUACAACAAGCUCCGCUUUGCAGAAAAAGGCCGUUAAAGGAAUAUAUCUUCACCUUGUACAGUGCACUGAGAGCUGGGAGUCCACUGUUGGUCUGAACAGUUUAAGAGGAGUGAAGAGGAAGGUUAUGAUGAUGAUGAUGAUGAUGAUGAUGGUAACAGCAGUGGACUCUUAGCGUCUCUGUCAAGCUCACACACAUAAACAACAACAAACACACACAUUUCCCACAGAUGGAUGUGUUGGCUUCCGUUUGCUGCUCACUGAUUUGUACACUUUAUCAAUGUAAUCAAUUGUGAGAAUAAACAGCAUUAUAAAACAGAG